CUCCUUACCAGUUCAGAGGCUACUUAUCAGACCAGUGCGUCUCUAGCCACUGUAGUGUUUGUGCGAUUUGUCUUAAGGAGAGGACUUGACUGAUUAGCGUUUGAGAUGUUAUUGAGAGGCAUGAAUAUCCACAUAUUAAGAGGAUGUACACAUAAGUGGAUUUUUCGAAACUCUAAUCAUCUGUGUGUAACGACGCAGUACAACAGGCUAAUCAGAUCUUACAGCAACACAAGCAACAACAAAAGCAACACACUUACCCAGAGCUAUCUGUCCAACCCUGGCAAGUGGCCCCUCAUGGGAAUCACUCUGGGCCAGGUGGUGGACAGGGCAGAGCGGCUGUACGGGGAGCGGGAGGCUGUGGUGUCAGUGUUCCAGGGCAUCAGGAAGAAUUACGCACAGCUGAAAGAGGAAAGCGACCAUGUUGCCGCUGGUCUCCUAGCCUUGGGUCUGGAGCCUGGGGACCGUCUGGGGAUAUGGGGACCUAAUAGCUACGAAUGGGUCCUCACACAGUUUGCAGCAGCCAAAGCAGGACUCGUACUGGUGCACGUCAAUCCUGCAUACAAGCCGAGAGAGUUGGAAUACUGUCUCAACAAGGUCUCAAUCAAGGCCCUGAUUUGCGACAAGAUGUUCAAGACAUCAGAUUAUUAUAAAAUGCUCUGUGAGCUGGCACCUGAGCUGCCAUCUUCACCUUCAGGGAUCUUAAAGAGCCCCAGAUUACCUCAUCUGCAGAGAGUUAUAGUGAUGUCAGAGGAGGAGAUAAGUGGAACAAUCAAAUUCACCGACUUGUUUGUGGCAGCAGACAGUUCCCAUAUGAAUAAUUUGGAGCAAGUCAAGAAAACAAGAGUAAGAUUUGACGACCCUUGCAGCAUACAGUUCACAUCGGGAACAACAGGGGUUCCAAAAGCAGCUGUCCUCUCCCACCACAUGAUAGCUAAUAAUGCUUAUGGAAUCGGCCGAAGGGCAGAGUAUCAUAAAACGCACCACCGCAUCUGCCUGACGGUGCCCCUCUACCACUGCUUCGGGAGCGUGGCGGGGACUGUGCUGGGAAUGCUGUUUGGGGCCACUUGUGUCCUGCCUUCUCGAGGCUUUGAACCAGAGGCAGUGGUUCAGGCUGUGCAGGAUGAAAGAUUAACCACCUGCUAUGGGACACCAACAAUGUUCGUUGAUAUACUGAAUGCUCAAAGGAAAGUGCAAAGAGAUCUGAGUUCCUUGUCUACUGGAAUAAUGGCCGGCGCACCCUGCCCUCCAGAACUGGUGAUGUCUCUUAUAAAUGAGCUCAAUAUGAAGGACUUCCUGGUGAUGUAUGGCAUGACAGAGACAAGCCCCGUCACCUUUGAAUGCUUCCCCUCUGACUCCCCUGAAGUGAGAUCUUCCACCAUUGGAUACCCUUCUGACCAUAUUGAGGUGAAGAUUGCUGAUCCAAAUGGACAGGUUGUACCCGUAGGGGUUGCUGGGGAAGUCUGCAUAAGAGGUUAUGUUAAUUUCCUGGGUUACUGGGGAGAUCCAGAGAAAACUGAAGAAACGAUCGGCCAGGACCGCUGGCUCAAGACAGGAGACCUUGGAAUUUUGCGGCCUGAUGGAUAUGCACAGAUUAUUGGUCGCAUUAAGGAUAUGAUUAUUCGAGGUGGCGAAAAUAUUUAUCCAACGGAAGUGGAAAAUUUUCUAACGGAGCUACCAGGAGUUCUAGAAGCACAGGUGUUUGGUGUGCCUGACAGCAGGAUGGGGGAAGAAGUCGCUGCUUGGAUACGGGUGGUCAAUAACGCUGCCCUAGACGAGCAUAGUAUCAGGCAACUAUGCAAAGGCAAGAUUUCACACUACAAAGUGCCUCGCUACAUACUAUUUAAGGAAGAGUUCCCAACUACUAUAACUGGCAAGAUUCAGAAGCAUAUAAUGAAGGAAAUUACUAUAAAGGAACUAAAUCUGAACUAAUGAACUGCUUGAAAGCUCAUACACUUCAAGAUAAUUGUUAUGUUUAAUUUUCAAAUUGAGACCGUUACCAAUAUUGAUUUCAGGAAAAAAAUAAUAAUAACUAUAUUUUGGCCAAUAAUCCCAGGUAUAUGAGUAUGUGUUUAUUUCAUCAAAUAGUGAGCUUAUUUAACAAUAAAAUUGCUAGUGAUUUCAUUAAUUCCAACCUUAACCGUAUGGUAUUUCAAGAAAAAGAAAUGUUAUAUAAACACAAUGUAAUAGUUUUCCGUGUGAGGGAUCUGACAUUAGUAACACACACACACACACACACACACACACACACACACACACACACACACACCAAAGUAAAAUCUGAGGCAGCACCCACAUGGAAGGGCUGCUCUGAAGAAGAAUGUGACAUGUUCUUAGAAUCAAUUCAGUUUUUUCUGCAUAAAAUUCUUUAUCUGUAAUCUAAUUACACAUCGUAUUCAGAAUCUUUUUCCUGUAGGAUGUGAAAAUUUGUUUCAGUAGUGAUCAAAUGACUCCUGUAAAUGCCAAUGACAUGUAAAAUGUUCAGUAAACGUUUGGGAGUUGUUCUUCUCUUUGUAA